CUAUAAUCAAACAUCAAAAAAAGUCGCUGAAAAUCAUCCAACUCUAUAUUAAAGCUUAUAUAUAUAUUCAUUUGCUGCAACAUAGAAGAUUCGUACAACUGCUGUCAGCUUUGGGAAAUGGAGCGUUAUGAGAUACUGAAAGAUAUUGGAUCAGGCAACUUCGGUGUUGCUAAGCUGGUUAGGGAUAAACGAACUGGUGAGCUUUUUGCUGUCAAGUAUAUUGAAAGAGGCCCCAAGAUUGAUGAGCAUGUGGAAAGGGAGAUUAUGAACCAUAGGUCUUUGAAGCAUCCGAAUAUAAUAAGAUUCAAAGAGGUUCUGUCGACUCCAACACAUCUUGCCAUAGUCAUGGAAUAUGCAGCUGGGGGAGAACUUUUUGAAAGAAUAUGCAAUGCUGGUAGAUUUAGUGAGGACGAGGCAAGGUUUUUCUUUCAACAACUGAUAUCAGGAGUGAGUUAUUGUCAUGCAAUGGUACAUAUACACUUGCCAAAUCCCCUAAUAGUUGCCAUUAUUUGGCGAUCUAAGCUUAACUUGAAAUUUUUGUCUCCAUUUUCACAGCAAAUUUGUCAUAGAGACCUGAAGCUGGAAAACACUCUAUUAGAUGGGAACACUACACCUCGACUCAAAAUAUGCGACUUCGGCUACUCUAAGUCAAGUGUGUUUCAUUCCCAGCCCAAAUCAACUGUGGGAACCCCAGCUUAUAUUGCCCCAGAGGUCUUGUCUAAAAAAGAAUAUGAUGGCAAGAUUGCAGAUGUUUGGUCUUGUGGGGUUACUUUGUAUGUCAUGCUGGUCGGAUCUUAUCCUUUUGAAGACCCUGAAGAUCCAAUAAACUUCAGAAAAACAAUUCAGCGGAUUCUAAGUGUCCACUAUUCUAUACCUGAUUAUGUUCGACUUUCCAAGGAUUGCAAGCAUCUACUAUCUAGGAUUUUUGUAGCUGACCCCGAAAAGAGAAUAAGCAUACCAGAAAUCAAGCAGCAUCCAUGGUUUUUAAAGAACCUGGCAAUGGAAGGAGAGGAUGGAAAACUGGAAAUCGAACAAGGAAAUUAUGAGUCUCAGAGUGUUGAAGAAAUAGCGUGUAUAAUAGAUGAGGCUAGGGAAGCUGGUGAGGCUCCCAAAGUGGGUACUCAAAUCCUUGGUGGUAGUAUGGAUCUUGAUGACAUUGAUGAUGUUGAUAUAGAUGAUGUAGAUACCAGUGGUGAUUUUGUAUGUGCUUUUCUUGAUUAAUUUGUAAAAUUCUCAUGAUUAUCUGUUUACAUUGUUGAUCAACUUGCGAAGGUAAUGUAAUCAAUGCUAAACGUGCAUGAAAUCCGGUGAACUCAA